ACGAGCGGCACGGCACGGAUUCAAAAUUUGCUCGCAGGGGAAAUACGUGAAAAAAACACCUAAAGCCGACAAAAGAAAUUUCUGCGGUGGAGGCGGGCGAUUGUGUGCAUAAGAAAAGUGCAAUGGCGUAUCUGGCAGAGUAAACAAACAGAUCUCAGAUCCGAUCCGAUUGAUCAUUUCCCAAAUACGCACCUCAGAAUGGAUCUGGACCAGGGACCACCAGCAACAUCGCAGCAGCAACCAAUGUAUCCCCUGCAACCACCGCCCAAGCCACGUCGAUCCCGCCAGAAAACCAAUGUCCUACACUACGAGUCCUUGCCCACGGCACCGCCAGCCAUGUGCGGUCGCGCCGAGGAGAACAUCUUCCAGUUUCCCGCCGUUGCCUCUCGUGCCCGUAACCUCUCCGCCUCACCCAACUUUGAGCGGCGUGAGGCCAAGGAUCUGCCAGUGUGCGAGCAUGGAAAGCACACGUGCUUCUUCUGUCAGCCGUAUCGUGCCGAUCGAGGCACCAUUGAGCCGCUAAAGACUCGCUUAAACUCAGCCAUUGAGGCCAUGGACGAACUGACACGCACGUAUGCGCUGCUGGAGGGAUUCCUGGAGCAGAAACUGGCCACCAUCAUCGACAACGAGGCGGGGGAGAAGGAGGCGGAGCAAGCAACGACAAGUGAAGCAGCAGUACCCAAAGCAGUCCCAAGGCAUCCCCAAAAGACCAGCACCACAGACACGGAGUACGAGCUGGAACACUCCCUCACCUACCUGGAGUCACUGAUGGGCACUGAGAUAGUGCCACCAUUCAAGCAGGGAAAAUUCAAGCGCAUACGCGAGCGCAGCAAAUCCAUGAUGGAUGAGGAAAUCAAUAUGUUCAUGAAAGGCGAGCGUCCAAUGAAGACGAACUCCUCGCGUCCGUACCUCCUACGACGCCAGAGCACCUACAGCGACAACAAGUCCAAGGUAUCAAAAUGGACAAAAGUGAAGGCGGCAUUCAAAUGGGAAAGAGCCAAUGUUCCACCCUCUGGUUCGGGAGGAGCCCCAGAGUCGAAUGUCCUUGUGCCGCUGAACCACGAAGUGGAGAGGUACCUCAAGGUUCCGAUUAGCCAGGCAGGUGGCAGCAGCUCUGCUGACAGCGUUAUAAGCUCCUCGUCAGGACACUUUAUGAGCGAUACGGGAGGGACUCCCGGAACCAUCAGCUCGGCCAGUUCCAUGGAUGACCUCGAGGCUGGUCUACGUCAAAACAUUCGCCGCGACUCCUCCAAGAGCGACACACGCUGUGACUCGCGGGCCUCAAACUUUGAGGUGGAGCUCCGAAAAUCGGCCACCGAUGAGCGCCUGGAUAGUAUUAAGGCUGCCGCCGCACUGCCCACCAAAUCCUCAUCCAGCAAGUCGUUGCGUCGCUCAAAAGCAUUCUCUGACUUUGAGGUGUUGCCCGAGGAUCAUGUGGCAGAGAUCAAGUCCACCACAAGCCGACGCCAGAAAUUGCCCCCGAGUCCGCUGAACCUCAAUCAGGUCUGCAGCGAUCUGCCCCAGCUCCAUUCGCCACUCAAAAGUCCCAAGGAUAUGGUGAGCAGUCAGACCAUGCCUCGGAUGCGGCGUGUUCACUCGCCAGGCAACUCGUCGGUGCCCAGUAGUCCCUCCAGACACUCGGAUUUCUUUGGUGAAUUCGAGAGCGAGGAUCUGUCCAGCGGUGACUUCUCAGAGCCGACAACGCCAAAUCGUAAGAAUUUCCCAGGUACUGAAGACGGCGAGAUAUUUCAACAUUAUCAACUUCUCGUACUCAAACUAGAUUUGGAUUUUAAGCGAAAGCAAUGCGAGUUUGAGCGCUCCAGCGCCAGUAAUCGCAGUGUCAAACUGUGCAGUGGAGCCACUGGCGGAGGCAGUGGCAAGCGCAGCAGCGACGAGCAUUCACCCACACAGCUAUUGCAUAGUGAUCUCAUGUCCACCGAGCAGCUGGAGCAGAACCUCACACCGCAGUUCAAGAAGAAGCUGCACAAAUGGCGAGCAAAGCAGCAGAGCUGUGCCGGCCCCUAUGCCACCAACGAACCACCGGCAGCCAGCCCCACGGCCAGGAGCCAGAGUGGCGAGGUGAAACCCAAAAUCGACUGGAAUCUGUGGAGCAUGGGGCAGAUGAAGCUGGAGGGACAGGGUCUGAGUGCUCUGCCGGAUCAAAAGGAUUUGCCUGAAAAGUUUCAGAAAAAGUUGGAGCAAUGGAACCGCUUGAAGUGCACUCCUGGGGGUGGCAUAAAUUCCGAUAACGAUUCCCUCAAGCGCAGCUCUAAGCACAGUCAGUCUACUCGCCGUGGAUCAGAUGACGAUCGCUGGUACAAGCACAAGCCGCACGACAAGGAGAAAUUGUCGCGCCUUAAGGCCAUCGUGGCACCCGAUCACACCUCCAAGAAGAUCGAGGUGAAAACCUCGGACGGCGAGGUGAUGAAAUUUGAAGGCAUCUCGAGAAAGUUCACGCGGAAGCUAUACGAAUGGGAGAAGGCCAGAGGCAUUGGACCGGAGGCAUCUACUUUUGCCCUGCUCCAUCCCGGCUACUGUCCCAUAGAUGUACGGCGCAUCAACAAGGAGUGCAACAAAGCUACUGCUGAGCACUCGCCCACUCUUAGCCGAUCCCUUUCGCUGGACAGUGUGUCGCCAAAUUGUAUCCAAGGGCCGGCCAUCUCGCAGCAGGCCUCCUCGCUGUCGCUGAAUGACGUCAACGAUCAUCUGCAGGAGAUCGAGGACAGCACCGAUGCCCUCACGGAUCACGAGUGUAAGAGGUACGACGAACCCGAGGCAGUGAUGGUGGAAGUGGAAGAGCACAUACAUGACACCGCCUCGCCGCUGGUCACCGCCCACACGCUGGUGGAACAGCAGACCCCGAUCUACAAAUACGAGGAAGUACAGUGCAAUGACUACGUCAACUCUCGCCGCGUGCAGAGCUUCGAAUCGCACACGAAUCUCGCCCCACUGCUCGGUGCAGUAAAACGUGCCGAUGAACUGUUUGGCCAUCUAAAGAAUGCGUCGCCCGACCUGCUGGAGCAGAGCUCGAUGCGGGAGUGUCAGGCCGUUUUACUCAGCAUUCGCAGCAUUUAUCCGUACUACUCCAAUAACCUGAUGAAGGCGACUGUACUGAACGCCAUAUCCGAUGUUCAGAGCGAGCUGGGGCGCCUGGCUGAGCUGAGCCAAAAGUCACCACUGGAUGAGGCUUGCUGUCAGGAGACAAUGGAGGAGCGGACACAGGAAUACCAGGAGGAGUUGCAAGGGCUGCUCGAAUCCCUGCAGUGCCUGAAACUAAGCAUACAGGGCGGCACAAAUCGUUAUCCGCGCGACAUUGUGCCGGAUAUCAACAUUACGAGCGAAGAUGGACAGCAGCUGGAGAGCAGCUCCGCGUAUGCCACCUGCGACAAUUCCAGCCGAGAUCAAUUGGCGCUCACGGAUCACAGUGCGGCCUCGCCUAUGGAGCACGAGACUGAGACAAGCACUACAACGGGCACCCUUUGUCGCUCCAACAUGGGAAUGGCCAAUGCCAAUGUCAACGCCAACGCCAACGCCAACGUCAGUGUCACUGCAAAUGCGGCCAAGAAGAAGGUGGUACGCCUGCGCAAGAUGGGAUCCCGGCAGAACAGCAAGACGGAGAGCGACAGCAGCGAUGCGGAUACGCAUAGCGUGCUGGAGACCCCACGUCGGUUGCGCCGCAAGAACUUUCGGGUGAAACAGCGCUCCUUGGACGAUGAUUUCCGGCUGGGUUCCUUCACGACAACGGCCCCGAAUGAGUUAGAUACCGCCAAUGCCACAGAUGAUGUAAUCUACGGCUCGCUCAAGGUGAAGCCCGGUGAACUUAUCGAACAGAGUCAGUGCAUUGCCCCCGCAUCCGCUCCGGCUCCUACUGCAGCACCUGCUGCUGCUGCAACUCCACCCAUGAAGCUGGGCGGAUUUGUACCACCUCCGCUGCCAGAGCCUCAUGCCCGAACAUACAAUGCCAAUGUCUUUGUGAAGACCAAGCGAAAGAUCUUCACCACGAUUAUGGAGCCCAGUGCAUCCGAGGGCAUAGCACUCAUCGAAAAGGAGCUAGACAGCCCCACGCAUAGCGUCGAGGAGAAGCCCGAGAAGUUAGUGAGAUCCAAGAAUCAGCCACGCCCACUCAGUCUGUACAAAUCCAUCAGCCUGGAGAGACUGGCGCCACAUCGGCCCAAAGUAGAGCUGCGCAAGUGCCAGAGCAGCGAAGGCCUGCGUCAGGGGUCACUCCUGGUCCGUCCCCCGCUGGCUAGUGACAGCAUCCAGAGGCUGUCCCAGCCGGCGGCCAAGCGGAUGCCAAUGGAGCUGCCCAAUCCUCCCGUGCCGCCGCGAAGGGCGCACCUUUACAAGAAGAACUCGCUGCACAAGUCACACAGCGCAACCGUCAGCAACAACAUUGAGCACAAGAUCGCCAAGACCAGCUCCGGUUCGACCUUCUCCAAGGUUCACCCUCCACUGACUCUGCCCAACCGCGAGGAUAACACACUGCCGCGCAUUCAGCGCAAGCUGGAGGGCAAGACCACCCCUUCGUUGACCCCCACCAAGUCCAAGCACUUUGAGUUCCCCCCACCACAGAUACUUCCGCCCGAUCGGCCGGUCACUCCCCUCUCGGAGCGAGCUAUCCGCCUACAGUUGGCAAAGGCGCAGUUCCUGCAGAGCGCUCCGGUAACGCCACGGCAGGAGCCACCCACACCCACGGCUGGAAGCGAUGCGGUUCCGCUUCACAAGAGCAUCAGUGCUGGCAGCAUCCGAGGAGGAGCUGAAGAAGCUGCCAGAAGUUUGGAGCCACAACAGCAACAGUACCAACAGGAAGUAUCCACCGAUCAGGAGAGUGCCGGUACCUCCAGUGCCUACGAUAGCCUGCCGCGUUCCGUCAGUCGGAGUGCAAAGAUCUCCAGCAAACUUGGCUUCGCCACACUCACCUCUAAGUUGCGGCGCGGAGGCAAGAAAUCCAAGGAGUCAUCUGCCUCCCCCACCACUGGCAGUGCCCUCUCGGCCCUCUGUCGCCAAACGUUGAUGGCCGACGUGAUUGCUAUACCCCAGGCCUACGGAAUUGAGAAACCACCACCCAGUCCAACCGCCAGGAAUGUGCACAAGUCACAGAGUACUCCCCAGGCGGCUGGACCUCCGUUCGAUAUGCAUGUCAAUCUCGAUGGAUUGAACAAGUCUCUGAGUGAGCAAUAUGUACGGCAGCUCAAGGAGAGCGAUGUCUAGUCACAAGUCAGAAGUCCAGAAUCUAGUCAUAGAUUAAAUACUAUUUUGCGUAUCAAGAACGUAUCAGUUAAUGUGCUGUUGAUACCACAAAUCUAGUCAUAGAGUCAACUGUAAUAACGUGGUAUGUGGCAUCAAAGCAUUGAGUAAUUGAUCCUCAAUGAAAAACGUUGAAAUCCAAUGAAAUCCGUGGCUUCCUUGCCAGUCCAUUGGAACCAAGAAAUAAACACACACUUUCUGACA